AUGAAGACGGAUUAUCCUAUGGAUGAUAUGCAGAAGAGUAAGUUUAAUGAUAUUAUUAGAAAAGUCGUUAAGAUUGGAGGAUUUACUUUCUUAACUGCGAUAAUAUUUUUUACAGGAACGAGCUCCAUAAUCGGGUUGUCCGAUGUGACUGACAACAAGCUGAUCUGGAGGCAGCUCGUCGCGGAGUUGGUGGGCACAUUCCUGUUGACUUCUAUUGGUGUUGCAUCUUGCAUCGCAAUAACAGAUGCCAACGCGCCUGCUGUCACUAGCAUCGCGCUAUGCUUCGGUCUACUCGUCGGGUCCAUUGUUCAGGGUAUCGGUCACGUGUCCGGCGGUCACAUCAACCCGGCGGUGACUUGCGGUCUGUUCGCCGCGGGAGAUGUCAAACUUCUGAAAGCGGUUUUCUAUAUUAUAGUGCAGUGCUUAGGAGCGGUCGCCGGCGCUGCCUUCAUCAGGCUGGCCGUUCCUGAAAACAGAGUGAUGUCUUUGGGUAUGACUCUUCCUGGAAACAAUGUCACUGAACCUCAGGCGUUGCUCAUCGAGGCUCUGAUCACGUUCGUGCUGGUGCUGGUGGUGCAAGGCGUGUGCGACGCGCGCCGCAACGACCUCAAGGGCUCCGCUCCGCUGGCCAUCGGACUCAGCAUCACUGCCUGCCAUGCUGCCUGCAUACCAUUCUCCGGCUCGAGCAUGAACCCAGCGCGGUCUUUCGGACCCGCACUUGUAAUGGGCAACUGGACUGCCCACUGGGUGUACUGGGUGGGUCCUAUCAUUGGAGGAGUCGUCGCAGGACUUGUUUACAAGUUCGUGCUACGCAUCGGCAAGGCGGGCGACAGCGGCUCAUACGAUUUAUAAGUUAAUGUGUAUAUUUACGACGCCAUGUGCCUUAGCUGUCUCUCGCGUAACCAAUAAACUAAUGUAGCCACAUUUAUAUUAAAUUUAAUACACAUAAUUAUUUUAUUACUUUAAAUAAAUUAUAUGUAUACUAUAAAAGCAAUGAAGAUCUGAUUAAUCUAAAAAACAAUAAUUGUAAAACAAUAUUAACAAUAAUUGGAAAUUAGUUUGUAUUUUUAUGCGAGGGACAUCCGCUUAAGCUCAUUGAUAGAAACUUAUUCUAUACACUGUUAUAUAUAAUCAUAGUUUCAUGCAAUAAGAUUUAUUGGUGAGCUUAUAUUUUUAUUUGUUAUUUUUCUAAAUUAAAUUCCAAAGUUGAUAUUCAAAAAGAUAUAUCUAAAUUUUGAUAUAUCUAUUUUCAAUGGUCACGAUCAUGGUGCUAAGUAGGGAAAUUUGUAAAAUGAAUUUGCUUGUGCAAAAUCAUUUAUUUCCUUUUUUAUAUUCCUACAGUAUAAUUGCGCCUUCAACAAUACCAUAUAAAGACUACGAUGAUCGUAUGUAAGAUAAAUUAUAUUAUUUAGAAUUUUAUAAUAUAGGGGUAACGAAAGUAUUAAGUUUAUUUAUGUUAAUAACGUUAAUUUAAGAAUUAUACAACAUUCUGUGUUUGUAUUCGAGUGCCUGUGGUUUCUCACGUGAUAACAUUACGAUGGUAUGUCAGAUGACAAUCACAAAAUAUUAUUUACGAAAUAAAUACUAAAUAAUAAAGGCUAAAA